CUCCCUUAGAAAUGAGUUUUGUGGAGAAAUGAAAGCUGCUACCAUGUCGUUAGGAACGUGCUUUUAAGCCGUAUUUCAGGACUCCAUAAGACCUAGCCAUGGCGGGUGAUGAUAUGGAGAUUGAGACAUUAAAGGCAAAAGUCCUGGAACUGGAAGCUGAGCUGACAGCAGUGAAACAGGAACUAGAAGAUGCACAUAAAGAAAUAGAGAAAGGGGCCAAGGCUUUGGAAAAGAAAAAACGACAGCUUGAAACUGCCAAUACGUACAAUGAUGAUCUUCGUGAACAGAUGACAGCCCUGAGUCGUGAGAUUCAGGACUUCCGAGACAGACGACGAACUAUGAAGGAAGCAGGACUUCAAGCUGUUGCAGAGGAGAUUCUUACAGAACUUGGAGAAAAGCCACUGCCAAACUGGGAAAAUGGAGAAACUACCACACUGGUGGGCACAGACAAGCCAAUCUCUAUAGCAGAAUCCCUGAAACAGACAGCAGAGGCAACUCUUUCCCAGUCUGGAUUUGUGUUUGAUGAUAACAGUGGCCUCUACUAUGAUUACAAGUCUGGGUAUUACUACAACCAUGAACAAGGGCUGUACUACGACCCAGCAACUGGAACCUACUUCUACUAUGAGGAGGCGAGUGGAGAGUACAAGUUCCACUCCCAGGUGGAGCCACUCCAGUACACUUGUCCCCCUAGCCAAUCACAACCCAGGAAUCCCACAGCAGAGCCCUCUGGUAAUAAAGAGAAGGUGAAAAAGAAGAAGAGUAAGGAUAAAAGGAGGAGGGAGAGAGAGGAGACAAUUCACACCAGCCAGUCAGACGUGGACGAAGUGACCUCUGCCCUCCAUAAACUGGAAAUAGAAAAAAGUCGACAACAUGCUAUAGAAGUGUCCAGCAACUGGCCCCCCUGUAUCCGUGUGAUGGUCUCCGAGUCUGACUGUCUGUCUCAAGCAACGCUGUUCAUUGUAACCUGUGAUGGUGCCAGCAUUGGCAGGGAGAAGGGCAUGAACAACCUCAUCAGAAUACCUGACAUCAACGUCAGCAAGGUGCAUGCUGGGAUAAAGUAUGACUACAACCUACAGAGUUAUGUCAUCACUGAUUCUGGCAGUCAGAAUGGAACAUUCCUCAAUGAUGCUCGCAUAUCACAGGUGCAGUCUGAGAGUACAGUCAUAUCACAUGGUGAUGUUCUUCAAGUGGGCAAUACGACCCUGUCCCUGCACAUCCACCCUGGCAGUGACACAUGUGAUGAGUGCGAGCCAGGACAGGUCUUGGGCAGAUUGCAGGCUGAGGAGAAGGCUAACCGAGAGGUGAAGAUCGUGAGUAGGGCAGAUCGGUUGAAGGAGCACAAACAGCAGCUGAAACAGAUCAAGAGGAGAUACGGUCUGGAGAACUGUGCCUAUGUAGACAACACAACAGCCAUCCACAACCCAGCCUAUGAAGACAAGGCAGCUUCCAGGCGGCAGACAGUCGGUAGUGAUAACCCACAUGCUCCGGAUGAGGGCCCAGCCUCGGUCAUGCAACCAAUAUCAACUCAGAACAAGGGCCACAAGCUGCUGGCCAAGAUGGGCUGGAAGGAAGGUCAAGGUCUUGGCAAGGACAAUACAGGAAUAGCAGAGCCAAUCAAUGUGAUGCUGAGGACCAAUCAGGCAGCUGGAUUAGGGUCUGGGGCAGCAGUUCAGAAGAGCCUAGAUGACGUGCAGAUGGCGGGGAAGAGUCAGCGAUGGCUGCAGGCCCAGCAGAGAUACAACAAGCUGGCUAAGCAGCCUGUUGAUCUUAGCAAACCCACAAACAUGUCCCUCUCCUUCAAGAAAGGCCCAACCAUCAAACUCCAGCCUAAGGUUGACCUUGGGGCAGGAGAAUCUGAUGAGGAUGGAGACUGACUUGAUGGAGCUGUUUGUGCAGGACUCCCGUCAAAGGUUACCCAACACAUGUGAUCAGAUACUGAUCUGUCAGCCAGUCGAACAGACCUGUAUCACUGUGUGCUCAUUCCCACACAACAGUGAACUUAGGCCCUGAAGGAGUGUGUCCCGGGAAUGGUUUUGAAAACAGGAACUUGCGACAAUCCAGGAGGUGAUGUUGCGAUGACCAGUUUCUCAAAGCUGAUGAUCAGUUCAUCAUCAUUCACUCGGGUGGUGGGGUGGGUUAGCCUUGUGGUUAAAGCGUUUCGCUCAUCACGUUGAAGACCCUGGUUCGAUUCCUCACCUGGGCAAAGCGUUUGAAGCCCAUUACUGUUGUCCUACCUGCCAUGAUUUGGCUGGAAUAUGGCUAAGAGCGUCAUAAAACCAAACUCAGACACUCAUAAUUCAUUAUAAAAAACAUUAAACAUGUUCACUUAUUUUUGUUGCAAUUAUGAUCUAUUCCCAAGUUCCAACUUGUCACAUUGGCAAGAGGGUAUUUCCAGGCAGGAUUGAUUGUGUUAUGAAACAAGACAUUUCCUGAACUUGGUAAUCUCUUGACAGCUAUAGCUAAUGCUGGAAGUUAUCCAGGACCAGGUUGUAGCAGGACUUAAGUGAUACAUUCAUGUGUCAUAGCACCCCUGUUACUGAACGUGCAAUAAAUGUGUUGGUUUUAUCAAACUACAACACUAUGCCUGCAUUAGCUACCCAUCAUCAUGAUGGAGGUCACUUACGAACCCGUAACACCAAGCAUGUAAUAAUAUGUACUAAUAUGACUUUCCAAUAUUUGGAGUUGAGAGAAUGUUUUCACAUCCUUAGCCUAGACAGUGUAGAUGACAUGAAACUAAAAAUACUGUUUGCUAACGAGGAAUUGUUGAAAAGUUAUAACAUGUAUAUAGGAAGACCCUGAUUAAAGACACCUUCCUGAAAAUCUCACAUUUUAAGUAUCAUUAGUU